AUGACGCCGAGCCCAUCCUUUUCAAAUGGAGCCUUCCCUCCACCUAGCCUACCGACUGGUUCGCCGUCUCUUGGUCCUCAAGGCGACCCGAGACAGAGCGGUGAGCGCGACCGAUCCCGAGGACGCGGCGGAAGAACAGCAAGUGGGCAGCUUCGCAUUUGUGCUAAGUGCGGUGAAUCUUUAACCGGUCAAUUUGUGCGGGCCUUGGAAGGCACAUACCAUCUAGACUGUUUUAGAUGUCGUGACUGCGGUCAGAUUGUUGCCUCCAAGUUUUUCCCUGCGGACGACGAAGAGACUGGCGGCCAAUAUCCUCUUUGUGAAACAGAUUACUUUCGACGACUUCAUCUUCUAUGUUACCAAUGUGGCGGCGCUUUGCGUGGCUCUUACAUUACCGCCCUCGACCGCAAAUACCACGUCGACCACUUCACCUGUUCCCUCUGCUCGACGGUCUUUGGGGCCCAGGACAGCUAUUACGAACACAAUGGGGAUGUGUAUUGCCAUUACCAUUACUCGACGCAAUUCGCUCAGCGAUGCAACGGCUGCCAAACUGCUAUUCUCAAGCAGUUCGUGGAGAUAUUCCGUAACGGGCAAAACCAGCACUGGCAUCCGGAGUGCUACAUGAUUCAUAAGUUUUGGAACGUCCGUCUGACACCCCCUCAAGAACGUACCGAGCCCAGUCCCGAACCCGUUGGCCCCGAAGGCCGCGAGCUUGUACGGCAGGAAGAAGAGGAAAUGGAGAACAAAGUGUUUCGAAUUUGGAGCGUUUUGUCGGCAUUCGAAGAAUCUUCAGCCGCAUGCAUUUCAGACAUGCUUCUUCAUGUCAGCAACGGUGCAUACAUGGACGGGGUUUUUGUCGCCAAAAAGUUCAUUGUUCACGUGGAUAUUCUGUUUCGGUCCGCGGAUAGACUUGAUCAAACAAUCAAGCAAUUAGAGAUGACUGACUUGUCCUACGCGAGAGAAUCAAAACUUCUCUGUAAGAAGAUUGUGGCCUUCUUCUCAUUGCUAUCCAAAAUGCAAGAAACUACGGGACGAAAAUUAGGCGUCACCCAGGAGCUAUUAUCUCUCGUAACAGGUUUGGCCCAUUACCUGAAGCUCUUAAUCAGGAUUUGCCUCCAAGGAGCGCUUAGGGUCGAAAAGGAACACCGCUCUCCAGAAGCACUAUUCCAGUUCCUCGAUGAUCUCAGUAUGCUCGAAUCGAUCAAAUCCGAUGACGAGUCCUUGCAGAUUACUUUAGGCAUGUCGAGACUCUCUGCUAAUGACUCAGACCACUGCACCUUGUGCCGCAAGCCCAUCGAGGAUGAAUGCGCUCUGAGUGGUGAUAAGAGAUGGCAUCUGUUCUGCGUAACAUGUGUGCAAUGCGGUAAAAUAUUGGGCAAGAACUUGAACCAAGCUCUUCUACAUCGAGACCUAAAAAUUUAUUGUUCAAAUUGCGAAAGUCAAGCCGAAGGUCAGGGUUAUCCUUUGGAACGAAUAACGAAACUCCAGCAGUACAUCUUCCUCUUGAAGGUGGCUUUAGCCAGGCUGCUAGAGAUACUUCGAUCCAACGGCGCUCUUUCUCGGCCUUCUGAAGACCCCGGCCUUAAUGGUCAAGAUCCCUCAGAUGGACGUGGGCCUACGGACGGUAAUCCUACGAUGCUUAGAUCGAAUUCUCAGUCUCAAUCUUUUGGUGGCGACCGAGAGCGGCACCAAAGGGAGUCAUCUUAUGAGAAUACCCUUAACGAUGUGCGCAGACUUAGGAGUACGCGUCUCGAUAAGCAUCUGUCAUCGAGCCUUAGGAAGGCCCGAACGUCGAGGAUCAUGGAUGGACCUGAAGGGCGUAGUGUUCGCCCUGGAUCUGCCGGCGCGGAGAUGGGCUCGCAAAAUAAGGUGAUGCAAAUCGAGGAAGAUGGAGAGCAGGGCGAAGAUGACACAACAAAGCAGUAUUUUGGACACCAAGAUGCGCUUACCCUAGAUGACAUUCCCCGGAUUGUCGCAGCCGAACAGGCUCGGGAGCAGCAGCCUAACGCGUAUAGGGCGUCGCGUCAAGAACUCUUCCGAUCUGCCACAACGGAGGCUUCCUAUGGAACUAGCAACGAGAGAAGCCUUUCUCCAGGACGAGACGCCGACCAGGGAUUACCAAUGGACCGGUUGCCUCAACGAGAUGGGAGGAAGUUCUUCUCUGAACUGUCAGGCCUUGAGUAUUUUAUCGUUCGACAUGUGGCAGUCCUUACGAUGCAACCCAUGCUUGGGCCGGACUUUACACUUGAGGAAUUGCUCAGCCUCAUUGAGGCAAGAAAGGCACCGACGUUCUGGAAUAAAUUCGGCAAGGCUUUCGGCAAAAACGAUACCCGCAAGGCAGUGAAGAAGAAGGGUGUCUUCGGAGUUCCACUAGAAUUGAUCGUCGAGCGCGAUGGCGCCGACUCUACAGAUGGAGUGGGUCCGGGUGCUCUACGUAUUCCAGCUAUUAUCGAAGACACAAUUACCGCUCUGAAGAAUAAGGAUCUUUCAGUCGAAGGUGUCUUCCGUAAAAAUGGAAACAUUAAGAAGCUCACCGAACAGGUGGCUGCUGUUGAUAGGGAUGGGUGCGAUGCUAUUCGAUGGAACGAUGAGACCCCCCAUCAACUUGCGGCACUUCUUAAACGGUAUCUACGUGAACUACCAGAGCCACUGAUGACACAGAAGCUUUAUAAAGUUUGGAUAGCGGCAACAAAGCUCAAAGAUCCUGACAAAAGGCGACAUUGUCUGCACCUGACAUGCUGCUUGCUCCCGCAGAUUCACCGAGACACAUUGGAAGUCCUGUUCAACUUCUUGAAAUGGGUGGCUACUUUCCACCAAGUCGAUGAAGAUACUGGAUCAAGGAUGGACGUACACAAUCUUGCUCGUGUGAUUGCGCCGAACGUACUCUACACAAACGAAAAGAGCCCGAGUUUUUCGGACGAGCCUAUGACAGCAGUGGCGUGUGUCGAAGAGUUGAUACAAUUCAAUGAAGAGAUGUGCAUGGUUCCGGUUGAAAUUAUGGACAUACUGGGUGAUUCAACUUUGUUCAUGAACAAUGGCGAUAUCACAACUAAGGAGAUCCUCAAGCGAAUUGAAUCUAGGUCUGCAAAUGGACUACCCAGACAAUAUGACAGCACCGAAUUUGUGAGGCAGCAAGAGACAGGCAAGAAACCCAUGGCUACUAGGGUUGCUACAGACCCUGCCGCGUGGCAGCAGGAGAGUAGUGUACGUCCUAUCCAGGAGCCACCAAUUCCUUUCCCCGCAGCCCCGGGAGCUCCGCCUCAAAACUGGCGUCAGCCUGAGAAUGGACAACCACCGCAUCCAAGCCAGUACGAGCGAACUGAUAAUCAACCUAAAAACCCCGAGAACGGCCAGCGCCGAGAGUGGCGCAACUCAGGCUGGGGUAGACCGAAUAAUUCUGUCACAACUGGUACAGGGUAA